AUGCAGAAGCGCCAGCCCCAGCAAACGGCUAAACAGCGCCUGCAUCCCUCCCCCAUCUUCCAUUCAUCCAUCGUACACGGCACCACCAUUUCUGCAUCUCAGCAUUCACUAUCCACAGUGACAACACACACUGUCGACGGGCCCAAGAGGGGAAACACUAACGAUCACCGGGGCCUUGCUACGCUGAAAGCAUGGGAAGCGCUGCGGGAACGACGGGCUCCUCAUCAACUCGACGGACCAGUGGCCACCGGCUGGGUCAGAAACUGGGUCCGGGGUUCCAGCUUGACCAGCGUUAUGGCUCCCCCUCCUCUACUGGGCUCCGUAUUCUGUACGGAGUACCGUGUUCAUGGGAGCCCGAAUGGUGGAAUCUGCAUUGGGAAUUGUCCCGCCGUAGCUCGGAAGGCUCGGUCACAACUGCAACUGUCUUUUUCUUCUCUUCAACUUGUUGUCAGCGGUCCUCGGACACUAUCUUGCAACGGUCGCAAUUCUCGCUCUCACCCUGCUGCACGCAACACGGGAGUCCGUGAUGCUCGUCAACUCACUGGCCUUGCCGCCGCCAGCGAGCUAAAGAGUCGAGCUACCCGGGCCGGCCGAGCGAGCUGGGCACAUCUCUACGGCAGAGCCAGCCAUCUGAGAAAAGGACGAGGCUUGGCUAUCGAAGACACCAUCACGGCACCUCUGCGGCACAGGGCGUUCUCAUGGCUUGCUGUCCUGUCAACUGCGUUCCCUGCCACCAGACCCUUCUUUGUGGUUGCAAAGACGCGGACAAUACCUUGCUCGACACAAUCUAGCUGUCUAGGAAGGGAACAAAGGGCCCGGUCAACAAAGGUGUCGCGCGUGUUGCACGAGGCGUCAAUAACAAAAGCUGAAAAGAGUGACAAGACGGAAGGACGGAAAGAGUCAAGUGUCAUUCGUUUUCCAAUCUUUCUGCAGGAAUUUUGUGGAGGAAAGCUCGUCAGGGACGAAGUGGACUGGUCGAGAACAAAUGAAUUGGGAACUCUGCAGAAAGCGGGAGCGGGAAGUCAGAGAUCGUUUCUCUGUCUCACCGGCCCUGCAUCCAGCGAUCAGCGCAUGCUGCAAACACUUCUCAGUCAAUCAUUCAGUGACAUUCUCGUCGCUGUGUUGCAGUUGUCUUCCGCUCUUCGACUCCUUUCCCUUGCUGCCCCCUUGCAAAUAAACAAAUUCAUCGCCCCUUGA